CUCCUCCUAAAUUGCAGGCUACGAUUCAAGUGUGCACUAGAAAAGAACAUGAUAAGAGGGAUGUGAGGAGAGUGAACAUUGGAACUAAAACCUUACAGGCACAUUACGGAUUUUGGAAUGGAAAAACUGAAGUUAUUUUGAACAGUGGCAGCCGCAGGUGGAGUCUGUGUUUUUGUUGUUGUUUUUUCCUCACAAUGUGUGAGAGAUGGAUGUGGGUCGGUUGUCAUUCUUUUUUUGCUACGGAUACAAGGACUGGCAAGUUAUCAGCAUGAAUUACCGAGGGCAAAACAACUGAUAUAAAUGAUAAAUUUGACUUUGGAGAGAGGACCAUGGCGAAAUGGAAGGGAUUUGCACUGCUGUACUUUAUAGCAGAGUUCUGGCUCACUUCACAGCAGGUCUUGAGAAUCGGCGGCAUCUUUGAGACGCUUGAGAAUGAGCCCAUUAGUGUUGAAGAACUGGCCUUUAAAUUUGCUGUAAUCAACAUAAACAGGAACCGGACCUUAAUGCCAAACACCACACUGACCUAUGACAUCCAGAGAAUAAACAUUUUUGACAGUUUUGAGGCCUCAAGAAGAGCCUGCGACCAGCUGGCUUUGGGCGUUGGCGCGGUCUUUGGCCCGUCUCACAGUUCCUCCGUCAGUGCGGUGCAGUCCAUUUGCAACGCCCUGGAGGUCCCUCACAUCCAGACACGCUGGAAACACCCCUCAGUGGACAACAGAGACAGCUUCUACAUCAACCUCUACCCGGAAUACACCUCCAUAAGCCGAGCUGUGCUGGAGAUAGUGCAGUACUACAAGUGGAAGGCGGUCACUGUUGUGUACGAAGAUGCAACUGGACUGAUACGUUUGCAAGAGCUGAUCAAAGCUCCAUCCAGAUACAGCAUUAAAAUCAAGAUCCGCCAGCUGCCAACAGGAAGUAAAGAUGCCCGUCCUCUGUUAAAGGAGAUGAAGAAGGGAAAGGAGUUCUUUGUCAUCUUUGACUGCUCCUACCAAACAUCGGCCGAUGUUCUGAAGCAGAUCUUGUCCAUGGGGAUGAUGACUGAAUAUUACCACUUCUUCUUCACCACGCUGGACCUGUUCUCCCUGGACUUGGAGCCGUACCGCUACAGCGGCGUCAACAUGACGGGGUUCAGACUGCUCAACAUAGACAAUCCGCAGGUGGCCUCGGUGGUAGAGAGGUGGGCCAUGGAGCGACUGCAGGCUCCCUCCAAAGCAGAGACCGGAUUGAUGGAGGGGAUGAUGACAACAGAAGCAGCUCUGAUGUACGAUGCCGUCUACAUGGUGGCUGCCGCCUCGCAACGGGCCUCCCAAAUCACCGUCAGCUCCCUUCAGUGCCACCGCCAUAAACCCUGGCGCUUCGGAUCACGCUUCAUUAGCAUGCUCAAAGACGCACAAUGGAACGGCUUGACAGGACAAAUAGUCAUAAACAAGACAGACGGCCUGCGGAAAGAAUUCGAUUUAGACGUCAUCAGCCUGAAGGAAGAUGGCCUGGAGAAGACAAUCGCGGGCAGCAACCGCCUGAAUAAAGUGUGGAAAAAGAUUGGCGUGUGGAACUCACAAACAGGCCUUAAUUUAACAGAAAGCAACAAGGACUUAUCCACAAAUGUGACCGACUCAAUGGCCAACAGAACCCUCAUUGUGACAACUAUUCUGGAAAAUCCCUAUGUCAUGUAUAAGAAAUCUGAUAAGCCCUUGUACGGAAAUGAUCGCUUUGAGGGCUACUGUCUCGACCUCCUCAAAGAGCUCUCCAACAUUCUGGGCUUCUCGUAUGAGGUCAAGCUAGUGACCGAUGGCAAAUAUGGAGCUCAGAAUGACAAGGGGGAGUGGAAUGGCAUGGUGCGAGAACUGAUUGACCACGUGGCUGACCUCGCCGUGGCCCCACUCACCAUCACAUAUGUGAGGGAAAAGGUGAUAGACUUCUCCAAGCCCUUCAUGACGCUGGGGAUCAGCAUCCUUUACCACAAACCCAAUGGCACCAAUCCGGGAGUGUUCUCCUUCCUCAACCCGCUGUCUCCGGAUAUCUGGAUGUAUGUGCUGCUGGCGUGCCUCGGUGUCAGCUGCGUGCUCUUUGUUAUUGCCAGGUUCACUCCGUAUGAGUGGUACAACCCUCACCCCUGCAACCCAGACUCCGAUGUGGUUGAAAACAACUUCACUCUGAUAAACAGUGUCUGGUUUGGAGUUGGAGCACUUAUGCAGCAAGGAUCCGAACUGAUGCCUAAAGCGCUCUCCACAAGGAUAGUUGGUGGAAUAUGGUGGUUCUUUACCUUGAUCAUCAUCUCCUCUUACACUGCCAACCUGGCUGCCUUCCUCACUGUGGAGAGAAUGGACUCACCAAUCGACUCUGCAGAUGAUUUGGCCAAGCAAACCAAAAUAGAGUACGGCGCUGUAAGGGACGGCUCCACCAUGACCUUUUUUAAGAAAUCCAAGAUCUCAACUUACGAGAAAAUGUGGGCUUUCAUGAGCAGUAGAAAAAACACAGCUUUGGUCAAAAACAACCGGGAGGGGAUUCAGAGGGUCCUCACCACAGACUACGCUCUUCUGAUGGAGUCAACCAGCAUCGAGUACAUCAGCCAGCGUAACUGCAAUCUCACGCAGAUUGGAGGCUUGAUAGACUCAAAGGGCUACGGAGUGGGAACCCCGAUUGGCUCCCCUUACAGAGACAAGAUCACCAUUGCCAUCUUGCAGCUUCAGGAGGAAGGAAAGCUGCACAUGAUGAAGGAGAAAUGGUGGAGAGGGAACGGCUGCCCGGAGGAGGACAGCAAAGAGGCCAGCGCUCUGGGAGUGGAGAACAUAGGGGGGAUCUUCAUCGUCCUGGCGGCUGGAUUGGUCCUCUCAGUGUUUGUUGCCAUCGGAGAGUUUAUUUACAAAUCCAGGAAGAACUUGGACAUUGAGGAGGUGAGUGUUGGUCAGUGCGAAUGGCACAACAAGUAUUAAUUCGCCGGGGGACUCAACUGAGGGCUGUCAGGAGCCGUAGUUCACAUUCCUGCUGUCAGUGUCGUCUUCAGAGGACUACAGGUGUCACUGGGCCAACAACACUCUCAAUAUGGUGGACGCAUUGUAACAAUCAAAACAGAAAUAGUUUUUGACGUAAAGUUAUAGUGUUUUUGUUGUUUUGAACAAUGAACUAUUUAGUCUUAAUUGGAGGUAUACAUUUUAAACCCUUUUCAUGAUGACAGAUGGUUGUUGACAUCUUGACACUUGGCCUUGCUGUGUUUUUGCAAAGAAUUGGAUCCUCGUCUUGUGCGACAAAAAGGGAAGACAGUGUCAUACCAUGCGGGUAAGUAAUGGUAAGUGUAUCUUUUGAGGCAUAUUUGCCAUGAUCAUUUCAACAACUGCAGACGUUCGAAAGUAUUCUGUUAUAAAAUGAUUGCAAUUUUCAUAUUUAUAGCGCACAGAAACUUUGAGAUGAAAGUACUUCCGACACCUUUUGUAUGUACUUGUGUAUUUAAAUAACAGAAGGGUCGUUGUUCCACUUUGCUUAUCAACGAGUUUCCACAAAGUCGCUUGACACUCAGGCCAUCCGUUGCUAACUGUCUAUACUUUUUUUUGUUGCUUUUGUAUCAUGUGAAGUUCAUAAACAUGCAUGUAUAUGUUUUGUCAGGUUGGAAUUGUUUCAUUAUGACUAAAGUUACUGUAUGCGAGAACAUUACAUUAACUUUUUAUUUCUG